GUUGUUAACUUUGGUCAGCUGGGAUAAUAAAAUCAUAAAAAUAGUCAGGUGAUUGUAGCGAUUGAAGUGUUUUCUGGAUUAUAGAAGAAAUAACAUUUCCAGCCACUUCUGGUGGAAAAUAAGUUAUUAAUUAUGUUCAACCCCGAGGAUUAUGACCUCGAGAGGGACUUCCGCCUCACGAGGUACUCAACACUGCGAGGAUGAGGUUGUAAAGUCCCACAAGAAGUUUUAACCAAACUUCUUGUGGGAGUAGAUUUAGUUGCCGGCAAAGAUCUCCCUGAAGGCAGAAUUGAGGCCGGUAUGGAUUCAGCUGUCAUUCCGCUGGAGCGUCACAAUUUGUCUAUUGUUCAAUCUGUUGAUUUUUUCUAUCCUUUAAUUGAUGAUCCGAUUAUGAUGGGCAAGAUAGCUUUUGCUAAUAUGGCUAGUGAUGUGUAUGCAACGGGUGUGGUUACACUGGACAAGGUCACAAUGAUUUGCAGCUGUCCAGAUAAGUUCAGUGAGAAGGAGCGGGAUGUAAUUAUUCCAUUGUUGAUCAGAGGCUUUAAAAAUGCUGCCCAAGAGGCUGGAUGCCAGGUUUCAGUGGGUGGGAUUGCUGUGAAUCCUUGGUGCAUUUUAGGUGGAGAAGCCACAUCAAUUUGCACCCCAGGAGAAAUAAUUCUGCCAAUUAAUGCCUCGCCAGGCGACGUCUUGGUUUUGACUAAGCCUCUUGGAACUCAACUAGCCACUAAUGCCUACCAUUGGAUGUUGGAUGGAGCCGAAAGCUGGCAGAAGCUCAAAGAACAUCUCACAGAGGAUGAUGUUCGCAAAACUUAUCUCAAAGCUGUUAAUUCUAUGGCAUUUCUUAACAAAUCUGCCGCUGAAUUGAUGCACAAACAUUCUGCCCAUGCAGCCACAGAUGUGACUGGCUUUGGUCUUUCUGGCCAUGCUAUCAAUCUCCUCAAGUUCCAAACGAAAACUCUCAAAUUUCUCAUCCAUACCCUGCCCAUAAUUGAAAAUGUGCAGCGUAUGGCUAAAAUUUUAGGCCGUGAACAAAAAUUACUUGCCGGAGAAGCUGUUGAGACUUCUGGGGGUCUCCUUAUUGCCCUUCCAAAGGAUUCUGCUAAUAACUUUUGCAGGGAAUUCAAAGAUAAAACCUUCAAUGAUGCCUGGAUUAUUGGUUCUGUUGAAUCUUCCACUUCUCCUAGUUUUGAAAUACUAAAGGAAGAUUGCAAACUAAUAGAUGUGUGACCGGAAAGGUUUUUUUUGCAUCAUGAGCCUCCUAGAGCUGGUGACGUGGAUUUUUAAAGGCCCAAAAGCUCGUAAAUCUACCGAAGAUUUCUCUGGGGGCUUUUUUGUAAAGAAAAUCUCUUCAAAGGCUUCAAAGUAUUUAUGUGACUUUUGUUUUGAUCUUGGUGACAGGGAAUAAAAAAUUCUUACAAUGGG